AUGGCUCCAGGAGCACUCGUUGAAAGCGAGCCAAAGGAAGUUAUCUUCCACGCUGGCAAGGGAGCACAGAAGCGUUACGUUCUCAGUGGAAGUGACCUCAAGCCGACUUUCGAAAGCAUCCCAACCGUGGACUUUCAGAACGCAACCUCAUUGGAUAUUGACGAGCGACGCGCAGUCGCCAGAGAAGUCUAUGAAGCGUUUACCAAAGUCGGCUUUCUGUAUGCCAUUAACCAUGGAAUCAACAAGGAUCUGCAGGAUCGGACAACGAGCGUCAUCAAGGAGUUCUUUGGGCUGCCGCACGAGGAGAAGAUGAAGAUCCACAUAAACAAGUCGCCUGUGAUCAAGGGAUACGAAGGCUAUCUCGAGACCCGGCUCGAUGAACGAACUCCUGGCGAUCUGAAAGAAGCAUUCAAUAUCGCCGAUGACCCGUAUGACCCCGAGCAGAACGCGCCGCCAGACCUAGACCUGUCCACAUAUCCGCCUCCGCCCCUGAACCAAUGGCCCGAGAACCCGGCGACGUUCCGCAGCACCAUCUACGAGUAUCGUGCUGCCGCUCAGAACUUUGCUUCCACCCUGCUCCGCAUCAUCGCGCUUGCGCUCGACUUGCCCGAGGACUACUUCGACCACAUGACUUCCUUCCCGAUGGCCGGCCUUCGCGCCCUGCACUACCCGCCCCAACCUACUGCCGCCGACGACGCCAUCGGCAUCGGCGCGCACGCAGAUUAUUCGUGGAUCACGCUAGUCAACCAGCUGACCGACACGCCAGCGCUCGAGGUCCUGAAUGCAAACGGGCACUGGGUGCCAGCGCCGCCGGUGGAAGGCAGCCUGGUAGUGAACGUGGGCGACUUCUUGGAGCGGGCGACAAACGACAAGUUCGUGAGCACUGUCCACCGGGUACGCAACAUCAGCGGCAGGGAGCGGUACAGUCUUGCGUAUUUCUUUUCUCCGAGCCAAGACGUGAUGAUCAAGACGGUCUCCACUUGUCUCGCACCUGGAGAGACGGCCAAGUAUGAGGACGUGAAGGCUGGAGAUUGGCAGUUGGAGAGAUUGCUGAGGGCGCGGGUAAACCACCCGACGAGUAUUGCUGCGAGGCAAAGAGGAGAGAUCUGA